AAAUUAAUAUGUUAUACUUAGUUGGUUUUCUAUUCUUUGACUGUUUGACUUUGAUCCCUUAACAAUCAAGUCUACCUUUGUUUUUAAAUUUUUAAGUAAAUCGUUUUGUCAAGAAGAAUAUUAUAAAACUAAAAUAACCUUAUUUAAAAUUUUUAUAAGAAUAAAAAAGGAAAAAAAUGAAAAACAUACAACCAUGCAUUUAGGAGGAUAUAUGUAAAAAAAGGUAAUUUGGAAAAUAUUGGAAUUAAUUUGGAAGAUACGAUUAUGCUCAAAUAAGGAAGUUAAUAUGUGCAUCUAAUAUUAAUUCCUAUUUUUUUCCAUAUAAAUGUAUACUAUGUUUAAAGAUUCCAAUUAACUUAAUUAAAUGUACUAGAGCCAACUUAAAUUCUUACACACCUUCAUUCUCCUUCAUUAUAUAUUGUUACCAUCUACAUUAUUCAUUACAAAACCUCUUUCCAUCCAUCUCUUUCGAAAAAAAAAAAAAGUUAAUUGGAUAAUAUGGGUAGAGCAAAAAUAGCAAUGGAGUUCAUAGUCAAGGAAAAAGCAAGGAACACUACUUAUGUGAAGAGAAAAAAAGGGUUGCUAAAGAAAGCACACGAGUUAUCGAUUUUAUGCAACGUACCGGUUUGCAUAAUCAUCUACCCUUACAAAGAAGGGAAGCAAUCCUCGGAAGCUGAAGUUUAUGCCUUCAAAGGGGACUCCAUUAGGGAGUCUAAUGCUAUGGAUUUGUCCCGAGCAACCGAUCCGAUGGUUGCUCGGGAGAUGAUUGAUAGGUACUUUAGGAUUCCUAAUGAGGAGAAGUACAAAAGGGCUCUUAACUUGUAUGACAUGUUUGAUGAAUGGACUAAAAAGGCUGAUCAAGAGUUGUCCAAACUAAGGCAUAAGAAUGCAUUGGUUAAGUACCCUUCUUGGGAUUCUAGCUUUGAUGGGCUUACUCUUGAACAAUUUAUGGAAUUGCUUGUUCAUUUGGAUCAAAAGAUUGAGUUUGUUAGGCAAAAGAUUUUGUUGAUUAAGGGUCAUAAUCAUACGCAUGAGGGCGCGGCUUUAGUACCGUACCUUGAGCCUACGCCUAUCUCUAGUCAUCAAAUUGGGUUCCCUUAUGUUGAAGGGUUUAAUCAAUUGACCUCAUUUAAUUAUCCUAUUAACAACAAUAAUUAUAAUCAUCAGCAAUUUUGUCACCAAUUAAUGCCUAUUAAUUAUCCAAAUCUCGAUAUUCAAGGCGGUAGUAGUAGUAGUCAUCAAAUGGGUGGUACUAGAAUGGAUGAUCAGGGUGGUAGUAGCAGCAAAGGUAGCAACUUGAUGUAUAAUAUGAACUCGAUACCCGGGGUUGUACCUGUGUACUAUGAUCAAGGGCGAGGAUUUGUUGAUAACGUCGGGGCGACAUCAUCGUACGGUGCUGGUUUAACUAUGUCGUCUCUGCCCUUGCAGUCGCUGCCCAUGCUGCCCAGUGCUUCAUUACAAAGGCAGAGGCAAUAUCAGAUGUACUACAAGCAGCUUAUUUAA